UAUGCUUAAUAAAUUUUUUUUAUUAACUUAUGACUGCCACUCUAUUAAAUAAAAAUAAAGUUUUAUUAAAUCUGAGUCUGAAUCUGAAUCGGAGUCCACAAUAAUAACAACAACAACAACAAAAUAAUAACAAACCUGAAGUGAAAAGAUGUGUAAAAAGUUGUGAAACCAUAAAACAAGUGUUAAAUUAAUAAAAAUAUUUCAUUGAACUUGAAAUACAAGCUAAAAUCAUAAUAAUAUUUUUCCUUUAAAAUUAUUAUUAUUUAUUUAAUUUUGAUUUUUUUGAACGAACCGUAAAUAACUGAAAAUGUUGUUGAAAAAUCGUAAUUUGUGUUUCCUUCUCUUGUUAAUUGGCGGCUUUCACUUCAUCGACUUUGCGGAGACCGCAACUGAGUACAAUCGUUACUUAGCACAUAUUUUUCGAAAAUAUGGCAAUGGUGGCACAAUGACAUUUGAGGGCCUUGAGCAUUUAAUGUAUAAUUUAGGCUUGGGACAACUUGAAUUUGAUCCUACACAUACAAUAGACGAGCAUCACUCUCCAAGUUUUCAACAAAAACCAGAAAAUGAUCUUGAACUGAAGAAUUAUAUCGAACAAAACAUGAAACUUCUACCCAAUGAUGUAGAUGACAUACAAUUGACAGAAUCCACAAGUAAAAGUAAAACCUCUUCAAUGUCUGCAGAUACUGACAACUCGAACAAAGAAGAUACAGAUGUUAAAGAACGUAUUGCCCGCGAAAAGGGCAUAUUACUUGAAUUUAAAGAAAUGCAUGAUCCAAAACAUCGACACCCACGUGAAAAUGAUGCCACCUUUGAUGGGCCAGUAUUGUCAUCAAAUGUAUGCCUUUCACCGAAAUCGCUGUUACGUUUGGUCAUUGACCACGAAGAUAUACACAAACGUAAACUUUACAAAACCGUUACCUCGUCAUCGUUCGCACAGGAUAAACACAGUUUGGAAGAUGAAUACAAUGAGUUCAUCAAUAUGGUGAAACUGACUCCAUUGGCAUUUAUGAAAUUAUGUCCAGCUUUAUUGGCUCAAAUCGAUCAACACGUAUGCGUACGACCGGCGCCAUUAACACACAUUGAAGACUCGUCAGACAUGAUUUGGAAUGCUUGGAUUUACGCCACUGGUUCCAUAUUCUUACUAUCAGCUUGUGGUUUACUUGGAAUAUUAUUGGUGCCACUCAUGAAAACGGUAGCCUACCAGGAAAUAUUGAAAUUUCUGAUUGCUGUUGCUAUUGGUACACUCAGUGGUGAUGCACUAAUGCACUUACUGCCACAUGCCUUAGUUCAGGAACAUGAACCUGCGGCAGCCACAGCACAUGAGUCUGGAGAAGGUCAUCAUCAUGAUACUACAGCAGUUUUGCUAUGUGGUUGUGCUUUCGCAACUGCAGUAUUUAUGUAUAUAAUAGAAACAAUCUUGCCAAUACUGAAAGGAGAAUCAGAAGGACAUGGACACAGCCAUGGUGGGCAUGGACAUAGUCACAGUCAAACCAAACCUCAAAAAGGCCAAAAUGAGACUUCAACUACUGCCACAACAGAACAAUCCACUACCGAACGUAAAGAAAUAAAAGAAAUUAAUAUGAUGUUAAAUGAAAUGAAGAAGGAUGAGAAAUCUCCAUCCAAACCACUAACGCCAGUUGCCUUCAUGGUUGUUAUUGGUGAUGGUUUACACAAUUUGACUGACGGUUUAGCAAUUGGCGCAGCAUUUGCCACAGAUCCAGUGACAGGUAUGGCAACGGCUUUUGCAGUGCUGUGUCAUGAGCUGCCACAUGAGCUGGGCGAUUUUGCAUUGCUGCUGCAAACUGGUGUCUCACUAAGACGUGCAGUCUGUCUGAAUAUUGUUAGUUCAGUAUUGAGUUUUGUGGGCAUGGCAAUUGGUUUGCUGAUAGCAAACUUGCAUUCCAAUAUGACUCAAUGGAUUUAUGCGGGUACAGCUGGUUCAUUUCUGUACAUCGCUUUUGCAGAUCUGAUACCUGCUAUGGGCAGUGCACAUGGCAAACCCAGUCUUAAGGAUGCACUUAUCACUGUACUUGGCAUUAUCACUGGUGGUUUAAUCAUGUUGGUUAUCGCACUGAAUGAGGAUGACCUGGAAGUAUUAUUUAAAUAAAAUGUGUCAACCUAUCGAUACUGUAUAUAAUAAUUUAGUGUAAAUAGUAAGAAUGCUCAAGUUCGAGAUUUAAUUUAAAAAUAAAACUUCUUAAUUAUUUUUAAUUAAAUUUCGUUAUUAAAUUAUGUUUUAUUAUA